AUGGAUCAGAAAGGUUAUCGUCGAGGAAGUUACCAAAGCAGCACUAGUGAUGAAGAUAUGGUAGAAAUAGCAGGAACAUCUCUGGACUUCUCCAUGACAGAUGAUGACCCUCCACUUGACCAAGAGAUUGGAGGGUUUUCCUCAUAUAAUGGAGGAGGGAUGAAUGGCACAAGCAAAAUGAUGGAUUUCCUGGAGGAGCCUCUUCCUGGUGUGGGGACCUAUGAAGAUUUUAACACUAUUGAUUGGGUGCGAGAGAAGUCCAGGGACCGGGACAGGCACAGAGAGAUUACCAGCAGAAGUAAAGAGUCAACAUGGGCCCUGAUACACAGUGUGAGUGAUGCUUUUUCUGGCUGGCUGUUGAUGCUCCUCAUAGGGUUGUUAGCAGGUUCCUUGGCUGGUCUGAUAGACAUCUCUGCCCACUGGAUGACAGAUCUGAAAGAAGGAGUUUGUCUGGCAGGCUUCUGGUUUAACCAUGAGCACUGCUGUUGGAAAUCUAACACAACGUUUACAGACAGAGACAAGUGUCCAGAGUGGAAGAGCUGGUCACAGCUUAUUCUUGGCCAUGGGGAGGGGGCAUUUGCAUAUAUUCUCAACUACUUCAUGUAUGUUAUCUGGGCCUUGUUGUUCUCCCUUCUUGCUGUGUUACUCGUGAAGGGGUUUGCUCCUUAUGCCUGCGGCUCAGGAAUUCCAGAGAUCAAAACUAUCUUAAGUGGUUUCAUCAUUAGAGGCUACCUGGGCAAGUGGACGCUGAUCAUCAAAACCAUCACUCUGGUGUUGGCUGUGUCCUCUGGCCUGAGCUUGGGAAAAGAGGGCCCCCUGGUGCAUGUUGCCUGCUGCUGUGGGAACAUCCUGUGUCACCUCUUCACCAAGUACAGGAAAAACGAAGCCAAGCGCAGAGAGGUUUUAUCAGCAGCUGCCGCUGCCGGUGUGUCUGUAGCUUUUGGUGCGCCAAUUGGAGGAGUGCUUUUUAGCCUGGAAGAGGUCAGUUAUUACUUUCCUCUUAAGACACUGUGGCGCUCUUUCUUUGCUGCUCUGGUAGCUGCGUUUACUCUGCGCUCCAUCAACCCCUUUGGGAAUAGCCGCCUGGUUCUCUUCUACGUGGAGUUUCACAUGCCGUGGCAUCUGCUGGAGCUUAUCCCCUUCAUCCUCUUGGGGAUAUUUGGUGGGCUUUGGGGAGCUUUUUUCAUUCGCAGCAACAUCGCCUGGUGCAGGCGCCGCAAGACGACCAAGCUUGGCAAAUACCCCGUGCUGGAGGUGUUCGUGGUGACUGCGAUCACAGCGAUCCUGGCCUUCCCCAACGAAUACACCAGAAUGAGCACCAGCGAGCUCAUUUCUGAGCUCUUCAAUGACUGUGGGAUUUUGGACUCUUCCAAGCUCUGCGAGUAUGUGAAUGACUUCAAUAGCACCAAAGGGGAUGACCUCCCAGACAGAGCUGCUGGCCCAGGAGUUUACACAGCCAUGUGGCAGCUGGCUUUGGCCCUUAUAAUGAAAGUCUUCAUCACCAUCUUCACCUUCGGCAUGAAGGUGCCUUCAGGUCUCUUCAUCCCCAGUAUGGCGGUUGGUGCUAUUGCAGGGAGAUUGCUAGGAGUAGGAAUGGAGCAGCUGGCAUUUUAUCACCAUGACUGGGUCAUCUUCAGUGGCUGGUGCAGCCCAGGGGCUGACUGUAUCACUCCUGGCCUCUAUGCAAUGGUUGGGGCUGCAGCAUGUCUAGGUGGGGUGACCCGAAUGACUGUUUCGCUGGUGGUCAUCAUGUUUGAGCUCACUGGUGGACUGGAGUACAUAGUUCCUCUGAUGGCAGCAGCUAUGACCAGCAAGUGGGUGGCAGAUGCCAUUGGGCGGGAGGGCAUUUACGACGCCCACAUCCGUCUCAACGGCUAUCCCUUCUUGGAAGCCAAGGAGGAGUUCUCACACAAGACACUUGCGAUGGAUGUAAUGAGACCACGGAGGAAUGAUCCUCCUCUGACUGUCAUCACUCAGGACAGCAUGACAGUAGAAGAUGUUGAGGCCAUAAUCAAUGAAACAACGUACAGUGGCUACCCAGUGGUGGUGUCACGAGAGUCCCAAAGGCUCGUUGGGUUUGUCCUCAGGAGAGAUCUCAUCAUUUCAAUCGAAAAUGCCCGGAAGAAGCAGGAUGGGAUUGUGAGCACUUCAAUUAUUUAUUUCACUGACCACUCUCCUCCACUGCCUCCAAGCUCUCCAUCCAUGCUCAAACUCAGGAGCAUCCUGGACCUCAGUCCCUUCACAGUGACAGACCAAACACCCAUGGAAAUCGUUGUGGAUAUAUUCCGCAAGCUCGGAUUGCGCCAGUGCCUGGUCACUCACAACGGGAAGUUACUUGGGAUCAUUACCAAAAAGGAUGUAUUAAAGCAUAUUGCACAGCUGGCUAACCAGGACCCAGAUUCUAUACUGUUCAAUUAAAAGCAGACUGAUAGGUAUCGUGUGUUCUGCACAGAAGAAACUUUAUAAUAAAGAUCCUGGAUGUUCUUUCCUAUUUUUACAGAGACCUUGAGACUGUUUUUGACAUUCCCUUCUGUGGAGCUGAAGAAGAUAUAUAUAUAUUUUUUUUUCUACAGGAUAACCAAUUGCACUACAUAAUCUGUGGAAAUUAAUCUUCUCUUUAGAAGAAAAAGGACUUUAUUUACAUUGCUUUCGUGAAGUUGCAUUGGAAAAAUUCCAUGAAGGAGUAAAAGCAAAAUGCUACAGAA